CCUUUCUGGCUCGCCUGGGUGCACCAGCGGAGGCCAGGGCCGCAGAGCGCCAUGGGGCGCGCGGGUCAUCGCCGCUGGUGGCUGGCAGCGCUCGCCCUGCUCUCGCGGUGCUUCCCGGGCCGCACCCUCCUCUCGGCCCCCGAUCCUCGGCCCUGCGCUCCCGGGGCGCGCCCGCGCCGGGCCGGCCCCCGGCGCCGCCGGUCGGCGACGCGGGGCAACCGCGAGGGCCUCCGGCGAGGCGGCCGUGCUGGAGUCCGUGGACGCCUGGCUGAGCACGCAGCCCUACCAGGCGGCUUUUUUCGUCGCCUCCAUCAAGGCGACGGCCUCGGAUCUUCUCGCGCAGAGGGGCGAGAAGGUGGCACGGGGCAGUCGUUCGGAGGACAUCACUGGCGACGGACCUUGGCCUUUUUUUUGUACGGCGGCUUCUACCAGGGGUGCGCGCAGUACUUCAUAUUCAACGUGUGCUACCCCGUGUGGUUCGGCGAGGGGCAGGACCUCCUGACGAUAUCCGAGAAGGUCCUGUUCGACCAGUUCGUGCUCACGCCCUUCCUCUGCCUGCCCAUCGCGUACCUGAUCAAGGCGCUGACGCUCAACGCCGACCUCCCCGCAGGCAUGCGGCGAUACGUGGAGGAUGCGGGGAACGACCUCCUGGUCAAGUACUGGCUGCUCUGGGGGCCGGUGCAGUGCGUGACCUUCGGCGUGGUGCCGGCCCACUGGCGAGUGCCUUUCAUGGCAGGAGGGCGGACGUGCACACCGUGGAGCAUCCACUUCGGACGCCUCUUCCCGCUGGGGCCCCAGGGGGCCGGCGCCGGCGGCGAGGCCCUGUGCGCGGAGGUCCGAAGGCGAUGUCCGUGUGCUUCUCUGGCGUCCUGUCGGUCGCGCUGGUGUCCUUCUUCUGGCUGA